UGUGUCAGAGAGAAAGAGAGAGAGAGAGAGUCAGAGGAAAAGUUUCCCAAAUGGAUUUCUUUGGAGGAGUCAGACCUUUAUUAUUUUCCUAUGUACUCAUUAACGGUAUACUAAUCACCUUGCAGUCUAAAGAGGAGGUUCUAUUGGAUAUGAGGGCAACGGAAGGUGAACUGGGCUGGCUGACAUGGCCCUUAGGCCAGGGAGACAAACCCGGGUGGGAGGUCGUCCAGAGGACUCUGAACGGCUCCCAGCUCUACACCUACUCCAUCUGCAAUGUCGGGGAACGUGACCAGGACAAUUGGCUGCGCACCACCUUCAUCCAGAGGCGUCCAACGGCUUCACGGGUUUUCGUUGAAAUCCAGUUUAUUGUGCGUGACUGCAACUCUUUCGACGGUGCCUCACUGACCUGCAAAGAAACCUUCAACCUCUUUACAUCUGAGUCGGACGCAGACGUGGGCACUACCUUCCGGAAGGGCCAGUUUAAGAAAGUGGCCACCAUUGCUCCCGAUGAGAUCACUGGCAAAAACGACCUACGCAUCAACACGGAGACCAAAGUGGUGGAAAACCUGUCUCGAAAAGGCUUCUACUUGGCUUUUCAAGACAUUGGAGCCUGCGUUGCUCUCCUCUCUGUCAGAGUCUACUACAAAACGUGUGCAUCCACAGUGAAGAGCCUGGCGUCAUUCCCUGAGACCGUGGCAGGAGGUGAAAACCAGGCUCUCAGGGAAGUGAACGGGGACUGUGUGGAUAACGCCGUCAGCGAGGAGCGGCCUCGCAUCUACUGCACCGUGGACGGAGAGUGGGUGGUGCCAGUCGGACAGUGUCAGUGCAGAGCAGGCUAUGAAGAGGUCAAAGAUACGUGUCAAGAAUGUCAGCCUGGCUUCUUCAAAACCGAUGCUCUCAGUGACAAGUGUGAACAGUGUCCUACCAACACCCAGAGGCUGGACUCCGGGGCUUUGUUCUGUCCCUGCAAGGACGGAUUCUACAGAGCGCCAACGGAUCCGCCCACUGGACCCUGCUCCGGUCUUCCCUCUGCCCCGCGGGACCUGGUGGCCACCACCACCCAGCUCUCAGCAGGAAAGCUCCUCCUCUCUUGGACUCCACCAGAAGACACCGGAGGGAGAACUGACGUCACCUACAGCGUUGAAUGCCAGCGCUGCGAGGGCGUAGUGUGCCAGCCCUGCGGAGAGAAAAUCCGCUAUGAGCCCACCAGCGUGGGCCUGACUGACACCAAGGUUUCAGUGAGCGAGCUGGAUGCUCACCUCAACUACACCUUCACCGUGGAGGCACACAGUGGCGUGACGCUGGCCGCCAGUAAGCCACCAUCCACCAGCGCCCUGACUACGUUUCUGCACUACACAGAUCCUCCCAAGUUAACCUCUAUGAGACUGGUUGAUAGGACCCCCACCAGCUUGUCCCUCUCCUGGGACGUAUCACCCCGACCACGGAUCCAGCCUCAGCCCAUCCGCUACGAACUGACCUAUCGCAAGAAGGGUGACAACCUGGAUGUGACGACCUACGUGGUGCACAUGCUGGAGAAGAACUCUGUGCAGAUCAGCGAGCUGGCCCCCGGCACAGCCUACCUGUUCAGGGUUCAGGCGCUCAGCAGCGACGGCAGCGGGGGGGCCUCCAGCAUCGAGGAGCAGUUUGAGACCUCCUCUGAAGCAGGACACCCCACCCCGAACACAGCAGUGUAUUUGGCUGCAGCAGUUGGAGGAGCGGCCAUGUUGUUCAUAGUGGUCGUGGUCCUGUUCCUACGCAGACGGAAAAGAAACUCUCACACGAGACAAGGACCAGAGGACACCUACUUCUCCAGCUCAGAGCAAUUGAAGCCUCUGAAGACCUACGUGGAUCCACACACAUACGAGGACCCCAACAUAGCCGUGCUGAAGUUUGCUACUGAAAUCCAACCCAGCCACAUAACCAAACAGAAAGUCAUUGGAGCUGGGGAGUUUGGAGAGGUGUACCGAGGUAUUCUGAAGGUGCCGGGGAGGAAAGAGGUGGCGGUGGCUAUCAAGACCCUGAAGCCGGGCUACACGGAGAAACAGAGGCAGGACUUCCUGAGCGAGGCCUCCAUCAUGGGACAGUUUUCCCACCAGAACAUUAUUCGAUUGGAGGGGGUGGUCACCAAAUGUAAGGAUUUCUUUAAACAUGCCAUGAUCGUGACUGAAUACAUGGAGAAUGGAGCACUGGACAGGUACCUGAAAGACCACGAUGGCGAGAUUUCCUCCUUCCAGCUUGUGGGCAUGCUGCGUGGCAUCGCUGCCGGCAUGAAGUACCUCUCUGACAUGAGCUACGUCCACCGGGACCUGGCUGCCCGCAACAUCCUGGUCAACAACACCCUGGAGUGUAAAGUGUCCGACUUCGGCCUGUCGCGUGUGCUGGAGGACGACCCUGAGGGGACGUACACCACAAGUGGAGGCAAGAUCCCCAUUCGAUGGACGGCUCCAGAGGCAAUAGCGUACAGGAAGUUCACCUCAGCUAGUGACGUGUGGAGCUUUGGCAUCGUCAUGUGGGAGGUCAUGGCUUUUGGCGAAAGGCCUUACUGGGACAUGAGUAACCAUGAGGUCAUGAAAGCUAUCAACGAGGCCUUUCGGCUGCCGGCGCCCAUGGACUGCCCCUCCACCGUUUACCAGCUCAUGCUGCAGUGUUGGCUGCAGGAUCGCUCCAAGAGGCCACGGUUCGGAGACAUCGUCAGCCUGCUGGACAAGCUGCUGCGGAGCCCAGACUCCCUGAAGACCAUCGCGGACUUUGACCCACGUGUAUCCAUCCGCCUGCCCAGCACCAGCGGUUCGGACGGCUCCCCCUUCAGGUCGGUGUCUGAAUGGCUGGAGUCCAUCAAGAUGAACCAGUACAGUGAGAACUUCACGUGCGCUGGGAUUGUCACCAUGGACCAGGUCCUCCAGAUGAAGAACGAGGAUAUUAAGAACAUCGGGGUGAGGCUUCCUGGCCAUUUGAAGAGAAUUGCCUACAGCAUAUUGGGUUUAAAGGACCAGACGAGCACCCUGAGCGUGUUUGCAGUGUGAACGUGUCGACGAAGGGAAUUAAGGUCGGGCACUGAAGCAGGCAGCCCUUUGAACUCUAAGCCGAGCUGGAGCGACUCUGCAGGGACGGCGCUGGAUCGGCCAAACCGAGAGGGACAUCAGCCUAUCCUCUGGGGCCGACUGAAUCAGACUGAUUUCAUGAUUUCUUCAUCUUGUCCACAUGGGAAUGGAGCAAAUUAUUCAACGGCAGUAGAUGACUCGCUUAGACUCUGAUAUUUAGAUAUCUAUUUUUAUUAUCCAUGUCUUCUGUUCAGAUACAAUUCAGUGCAAAUGAAUUCAUUAUUUUUUCAAUCAUCAAUCCAGUUGUGGGGACAGCCUCAGCUACAGGACUCGGAGCUCGUUCCCUCCAGUGUCUAACAAACAAGGGAAGCACAGUGAGUGUGAUGGUGGGGGUGCAGUGGAAUCCAGCCCUGGCUCAGUCUGUGGUCAGUGCUGAUGUCAUGGCGUCUCCCUUUAAUUGGCCCUUUUUGGUCCCAACCCGUUAGACCAAUGAGGACGGAGCGCCAGGAGGGCUGAGAUGAGCUUGAGUUGGCCCAGGUUUAAAGAGACGGUGGCGUUAGGUGUGUGAACACAGACUGACCUGCUGUUGUUUCUGGACCUUCUACUGGCUCUGUGCAGAAAUUAAGCUAUAAUCAUAUAAGUGGUGUUAGAAUAUAUAUGAGGUACUCUUUUUGUACAGAUUCACUGUUUCCUUUUUUCUUUGUGUUUGGGUAAACACCCCCCCACCCAUAGAAACAUUGCGAUUAGGACCUAAUAAUGUAGCACUUGGAUCAAGAAUUUCGUGAUCUCUUUUCGUUUUGUCUCAGAAUUGCAAGAAAAAUGACAAAAAAAACUCCUGAACUAAAGGAAUGGAAUCAAAAGCUGUUUUCAGACAUGAACUCCAGGGAAUGUCCUCACGAUGGGGUGCAGACUUUCUCCGGAGUUUGACUUUUAAACAUGAUCAACGCAGCAGCAGGUUCUCGGCUCAGACGUGCUCACUACAACUCAGAUACUCUGGAGCUGAGGGCUGGUGCAGCAGGAGGUGACGUCGGGAAUCACGUGUCGCUUCUAGUAACCAAAAACUCUUUACUUUUAUCCUGAGAUAUUUGUAUUCUUCUUGUAAUCUGUAGUUUUCUCACAUCAGGUUUUUCAGACAUUAUCCAAAGGUUUCACUAGGGGGCUGGCAGGAGAAACAUCUCGCAUACAGCCCAUCCAGCGAAUAACCGGAAAUUAUCAGGAGUUCAGUGCUUGUCUGAAGCUGAAGUGCAAAAUUCGACAAGUUUCAAUUAGAGUGCAGCACAUGUGUUGGCUUGCCGGUAAUGAAGAGGCAGAUGGGGAAGUUUACCUCCAGUAUAAAAAUAAAAAAUAAAAUCACAAUGACUUUUGUUGUGGUUGAAAUGAUUUCAUACUUAAUAAUCGUUUGGUUUUGCAAUUUCAAUGUUUAUGUUUUAGAAGCUUCUCAUACAUCUUUUCUGGUGAGUGGAGGAAACUAAACAGACAUUUUCUCUGUAAGCUUUGACAAUAAAGCAUUUCGACUUUUUGAAGACAUUUUGAGGAGUUCAACUC